AUGAUGGCAUCGCUACAGUCGCCACAGUCCGUUGGCAUGAUGCCACGUGGCUCAUCUCCGUUCUCUGUCCCCAGCAUCCGUCCCGGUAACACGGCCGGCAUGCAACUACCGUUUUCCUCACAUACUAACAGUAGGGAAGAUCCUACUAACGCAGCAGCGCCGGCAGCAGCAGCAAUAGCAGCGACCGCACAACCCACUCCCUUUGCAUCAGGAGCAGGGGCAGCAGCAGGAGCAGCAGCACAUGCAGGGGGGGGAGGUUCAGGAAUUCAAGGCAGUAGCGUCUCUGCAUGGGCUUUUCAAUCAUGGCCUCCUGGUGGUGCCAACCCUUUUGGGGAUGGUGCUAACCCUGCUAGUGGUGGUAAUCCUGGUGGCGGUGGUAUCCCUGGAGGCGUUAAUAACAGCUUCUGGAGUGGUGCUGCGCAGCAGGCAUGGGCAAUGGGAGGUGCUCCUUCAAUGGCGGCGAUGACAGCAGGGAUGGGCAUCGAUGCAGCUGCUGCCAGGCACUCGUCAUGGCACGAGGGGCAGCAACGGCCAUCCGACCCUUCUGUUCCCGGUUCUUCAACCCCUGCGUCUGCCUCUGCUGCUACCGCCAGCACCACAGCCACGAACAUCAACACCACAAGCAGCGCCGGCGGUUCUGCUUCCGGUGCAACUCCUGUUGCUGCUGCUGCUGCUGCCGCCGCUGCUACUUCUGCACCUGCAGCUGCUCCUGCUGCUGCUCCUGCUGCUGCUCCUCCUCUUCCUGCUGCUGCGGGCAGUGCGGGCAGCCUACCCCCAGUGGCAGCAUCGGCACCGCGGCUGAGCGCACCAGACGACGGGUACCACUGGCACAAGUACGGGCAGAAGUGCCUCAUGGAGCGCGAAUACGCCAGGGCGUAUUUCCGGUGUGCAAAGUACACCAUCGGUUGCACGGCCAAAAAGACCAUCGACAUUCCUCUCGUGCGAGCAGCCAUUUCCGGGGGUCUGAGAAUAGUCUACUCGGGAAAGCACUGCCACCCCCCUGCGCGCAACAUCCCCUUCCCCCCGGUUGCCGCCAGUCCGGGCAAUACUGGUAAGAAGGUCAGAUUGCGUGCUUCUGAUGUGCAAAGGCAGGGGACUGGAGGGAAAACGAUCCGAAGUUUUAAGGUGGCUGCGGCAGGGAGACGUGAAGAAGGGGGAGGAAGAGAAGGCAGGAGAGGAGGGGAGGAAAGAGAGGAGGGGGAGGGUAGGGAGAGGACGGAGAGCGAGGGGGUGGAUGGGCGAGAGGACGGGAUGAAGGGUGAGAGAGAGGAGGGAGAGGGAGGAGAGGGGGGUAGAAUGGGUGGUGGGAGGAGUGAGAGGAGUGAGCGGAGUGGGAGGAGUGAGAGGAGAGCGAAGAGUGGGAGGAGAGAGAGGAGUAGGAGGAGAGAGAGGAGUGGGAGGAGAGAGAGGAGUGAGGAUGGUGUGGAGCGAGAUAGCAGCCCCGAUAAGAGUGAGAGUGGUGGGAGGAGUGAGAGAAGCGGGAGGAGUGAGAGAAGCGGGAGGAGUGAGAGAAGCGGGAGGAGUGAGAGAAGCAGGAGUGAGGGUAGUGGAGGGUGCGGGAUUGGUGGGGGAUGCGGGAGUGGUGAGCGUGGUGGGAGGAGGGAGAGUGCUGAUAUGGUUGAGAGUGAGGAAGAUGUCAGAGCUAUGCACAGGGGCGGAGGCAUGGGGGAGGGCGGAUGGAUGGGGGAGGGCGGAGGCAUGGGCGAGGGCGGAGGGAUGGGGGAUGGCGGAGGCAUGGGGGAGGGCGGAGGCAUGGGGGACGGCGGAGGCAUGGGGGAGGGCGGAGGCAUGGGGGAGAGCGGAGCUAUGCACAGGGGCCAAGUUAUGGGGGAGGGCGGAGCAAUGGGCGGGUAUUGGGCAACGGGGGAGGGUGGAGCAGCACACUUGGUGACAGAGAUGGAGGGAGGUAGAGAGGAAGUGAGAGUAAGUGGAGGGGAGGUGAAGGAAGAGGAGGGAAGCGAUUUUGGAGAAGUUGUGGGGCGGGAAGACAGGAGGAGAGGAGUGGGGCGAGGGAGUGAGGGGAGAGUCGUGGGGCGCAGGAGCGAGGGGAGGGGAGUGUUGCGCGGGAGUGAGGGGACGGGAGUGAGGCGGCGGAGUGAGGUGGAGGGAGGGCGAGGCGAGGUCCAGCCAGGAACAGCAGCAGCAGGAGCAGCAGAAACAGCAAGAGAAACAGCUGCGUAG